ACUUGAGCAGAAUUGAGAUUGGAAUCGUCCAUGCCCGUGUCUCUCUCUCUCUCUUGUCAAGUUCUAUUACUUUAAUCCAUUAAUCCAAAACGACACACAGAGCUGAGCAAUUACCAUCAUCACUCAUCAUCAUCAAAAUUCCAAGGUGGGUUUGCUUCAUUUUUUCACUAUAGUUUAUGCUGCUGCAAGAGCAAAUAACCAUUUUGUUCAUGGUUUUCGGGCGGGGGAAUUGAUGUAUGAGGAAGAGUACAAGGGUUGGUGUUGAAAAUGACAAAGGAGCAGAAAGAGGGAUGCCAAGCUUCAAUUCUGAGCUACCCUUUUCCAACACAUGCGAUUCAGAGUGGAGAACAGUUGAUUCUUUUCAUGUUUCUGACUUUGGAGCAUUUGAUCAAUCAUAUCGCUUAGAGGAUGCUGUUGAUCUAGGUGGAAAUUCAGUUUUUGACUCGCUAAAACUAAGUGGCCAAACUACUUUUCCGGGUUCUGUUUACAUCGGUAAUCUUCAUAAGUUACCAACUUCAGUUGAUAAAAGCUCACUGACGAACCAAACAGAGCAGUGUAGACUGCAAUUACAAAAGGUUCAAUCAUCAAAUCCUGGAACCAUAUUAGUUGGUGAUACAGAAAUUCUUGAAGAGCCUACCAUGGCUGAUGCCAGUCCUAGGACUGAUAUUUCUACAGAUGUUGACACUGAUGACAGGAAUCAACGGUUUGAUAGGAGUGCCCUUGCUGCUGUGGCUUCUGACUCCAGUGAUAGAUCAAAGGAUAAAUCAGAUCAGAAGACUCUUCGCAGGCUUGCUCAGAAUCGUGAGGCGGCCAGAAAAAGCCGGUUGAGAAAGAAAGCCUAUGUCCAACAACUGGAAAGUAGUCGUUUGAAGCUGACCCAGCUAGAGCAAGAGCUUCAGAGAGCUAGGCAGCAGGGGGUCUUCAUAUCAAGCUCAGGCGAUCAGGCACAUACAAUGGGUGGAAAUGGGGCUAUGCAAUUUGAUGCAGAAUAUGCAAGGUGGCUGGAAGAGCAGAAUCGACAAAUUAAUGAGCUCAGAGCAGCUGUAAAUUCUCAUGCAAGUGAUACCGAACUUCGCAUGAUUGUUGAUGGUAUAUUGGCACAUUAUGAUGAGAUUUUUAGGCUGAAAGGUGUUGCAGCAAAGGCUGAUGUUUUCCAUUUGUUGUCUGGUAUGUGGAAAACGCCUGCUGAGAGGUGCUUUUUGUGGCUGGGUGGUUUUCGGCCAUCUGAACUCCUCAAGCUCCUGGUAAAUCAGUUGGAACCUCUCACAGAGCAGCAACUGAUGGGUAUUACCAACUUGCAGCAGUCCUCUCAACAAGGAGAAGAUGCAUUGUCUCAGGGCAUGGAAGCAUUGCAACAGUCCCUUGCGGAGACAUUGUCCACUGGAACCCCUGCCUCAUCUGGUUCCUCUGGGAAUGUGGCAAAUUACAUGGGUCAAAUGGCUAUGGCCAUGGGUAAGCUAGGGACACUCGACGGGUUUAUUCGACAGGCUGACAAUCUGCGCCAGCAAACUCUCCAGCAAAUGCACCGGAUACUGACAACUCGGCAAUCAGCCCGCGCCCUCCUUGCUAUAACUGACUACUUUUCGCGGCUGCGUGCUCUCAGUUCGCUCUGGCUGGCCCGCCCAAGAGAUUAAUGAGUGUAGCAAAUAGUCUGUCAAAUGUAUUUUCAUAGAUCCAUCACCAGCAAUACUUGGUCAACAUAGAAUUUACUCUUGAAAAAAUCUUUUGAUGUUGUGCUUGGUAGUCUUUGUAGAGCUGGUAUUAGUGUUUCCUUAGUCACAUAAUGUAGGAAUGGGUGACAAGAAAUAUUUGAUAUUUAUCAUUGAUCCUAAUAUUAUCCAUUGUAAUUGUUGCCGAAGGCUGUGUUUUCAGUUUGGCUAUAUGGUAUAUUUUAACGGUUGGUCCA